ACGAUGCAGGCUUCUUGUCGCGACUUUCGAUAGUAGCGUCAUCGCGGUCAGAUACCCCUUGUUAGCUUUCGGACUAGUGGUCGUACUAAGUUAGCCUGGUACUAAGUUAGUUACUUUCAGGCUUUUCGCCGCCGCUACCAGUAGAUAAAGCAGCGUCUUUAGGUACUAGGGCGUAUGUGGCGAGCUCACGGCAAUAUCGCCUGCUUUUGCGGAUGAAUAAUUUCGAUGUAGCGAAGCACGACAACGGCCUUGAUUCUUUCUCUGAGAGGCCUCGAGAAUUGGAACGCCUGGAGCUUGGUUUUGACAGCCGCCGCCGGGCGAUGGACGAUUAUGAGAUAAUGGAAAGCCUCGGUUGCGGCUCUGGGCGGUUCUACUUAGUCCGCGAAAAGCGCGCUGCGAGCAGCCGCUUAGCUUAUGAGGCGCCUAAAAAAACAGGUAGCAACUUAAUCGACGAGGCGCCUCAAAAGGCGGGUAGCAGCUUAAUCGACGAUGCGCCUCAAAAGGCGGGUAACAGCUUAGCUUGCAGUAAGAGCUCGCUUCGAGCAUGUGGGGCCUCGAGCCUUGCCAGCCAUGGCGCGGCGCUAGGAGGGAAGGAAACACGCGAGUCUGACAAAGAAGUAGCUCCGACUUUUGCGGCACCUCAAGCAUCGGAGGAAUCAGGCACAUAUGACAAGGAAAUAGCUCCGGCUUUUGAGGCUCCUGAGGAAUCGGAAGAAUUAUUCGGCGCGUCUGACAGGGAAAUGGCUCCCGGCGCCACGUGGGUGAUGAGAGUCGUUCCGUUGCCGGAAGACGCGGCGCAACGAGCGGCGUGUGUGAGGGAGACGGAGACGAGGGCGUGGCUGUGCCACCCGUGCUUGGUCGAAUGCAAGGAGACGUUUAUCGACAAGGCAACACGAAGCAUGUGCAUUGUGACGGAGCACUGUGGAGGGGAAACACUAUCCGAGCUCAUCAAGAAGCACCACGACAGCCGCUCGUUUAUACCCGAGCACAGCAUUCUCCACUGGCUGCUGCAACUGGCCUUGGCUCUGGAGCACAUGCACCACCACAACGUGCAGCACCGAUGCAUCGAGGGCAGGAACGUUUUUCUCUGCAACUCCCCUAACAAUACGCAGCUGGGCCCCGCCUCUGUGCGGCUGGGCGGCUUUGGCGUCUCGCAGGAGGAACCGUACGACUGCAAGUCAGACGUAUGGGCGCUCGGCAGCCUGCUCCAUGGGGCCAUGAGCUUCAGCGAGCCGGCGCUCCCCGCCACAUCCAUCCAAGAGCUCGUGUCGUUCGUGCUGGCGGGAUGCCAUGACCCCAUGCCGCCAUGUUACUCUCCUGACCUCUGUGCGCUCGUCAGGCGGAUGCUCUCUCAGGACCCGUCGGGCCGUCCAAGUGCGCGGGACAUCCUCACCUCGCCUCUCCUCCAUCAACGCGCCUCUGCUUUCCUGCAAGCCUGCCUGCACGCCACUGGAACCGCCCUUGAGGGCACCACCAAGAACGACCUUGGGAAUACCGCACUUGGAAGCAUCUCCCUCGGGAAUACCGCACUUGGAAGCAUCUCCCUCGGGAAUACCGCACUUGGAGCCACUGUGGAAAGGGCACCAGCGAUGCAGCGAGCAGUGAGGGAACAGAUGGGGAGGCUGGGAAUCGCCCCUCUAUCUCUGGGGCGACGAGCAAAUGAGCAGACGGGAAGGGUGGGGACCGUGAAGGGGAUGGAUUCUGAGGGCGGGCCUCAAAACAAGCAUAUAGUGGAGGGAAGGGGAAAAUGCGAGGAGAGUGAGGAGGAGGAAAUCAUUCCGGAGGGUGAUCGAAACGAGGGAUGUGAGGAGGGGUCAGGGACAGACCGUGCGGAGGGGGGCAAAGAAGGGGAGGAAUGGGGAGUGGAUGAGGAGGAGGGGGAAGAGGAGGAGGAAGAGGAGGAGGAAGAGGAGGAGGAAGAGGAGGAGGAAGAGGAGGAGGAAGAGGAGGAGGAAGAGGAGGAGGACGAGGGGGAGGAAGAGGAGGAGGAAGAGGAGAGGGAAGAGGAGGAUGAAGAGGAGAAGCAAAAUGAUGAGAAACAACAUGAGGAAGAGCAGGAAGAGGAGAGGUGGUGGGGACUGGGUGAAGAGGAGGUGGAGGAUGGGGAGGAGUGGGAGAUGGGGGAAGAGGACGAGGCACGGCGAGAGUGGGAGAGGGAGCAGGAGCUGAGAGAGGAGUUUGUGAGAGAGAAAGAGGCCGAGGAGAAUGGGUGGGAAAAGGGAGAGAACGGGUGGAAGGGGGACGAAUAUGAGCUUACGGGGCAACAGCAGCAGCAGCAGCAGCAGCAGCAACAGCAACAGCAGCAGCAACGUCAGCAGCAGCAACAGCAGCAGCAACAGCAGCAGCACCAGCAGCAGCAGCAACAGCACCAGCACCAGCAGCAGCAGCAACAGCAGCACCAGCAACAGCACCAGCAUGGCUUCCAGCACCAAUACCACCACGAGCAGCAGCAACAGCAGCAACAGCACGCAAUCUCACGGAUUGUGGCAAAGCGGCUGCAGGGUGGGUCACAGUGGCGCAACCGAUGCAAGAGCAAGAGCACAGGCAGCACAGGCAGCACAGGCAGCACAGGCAGCACAGGCUGUUCCAGCAUCAGCGGGGGGGGGCACAGGUGGGGCGGCGAUGUAAAAGGGCCCUCACACGAAGCAGACCACAGCCAUGUGAGAAUGAGCGGGGUAACGGCUUUUGCAGUGCGCUGCUGCUGCAGCAGCAACAGCAGCAACAGCAGCAGCAGCAGCAGGAGAAGGAGCAGCAGCAGGCGCAGGAAUGAGAAGAGCUACUUGUAUGGCGAGGUUAGUGGCUCUAAUCCGUUACAAUGCAGCACAGAGAGCACUUGUAGCAGCAGCAGCGGCGGCAGCGGCAGCGGCAGCAGAAGCAGCAGCGGGGGAGGCUAUAUGUGUGGUCAAGAGAAAGGCCGGAAGCUCUUGGGGUGCAACACAGGGAGCAGCUGUAGCAGCAGCUGUAGCACUGGCCCAUUGAGAUGCAACACAGGAAGUAGCUGUAGCAGCAGUAGCAAUAGUAACCAUAAGGCCACCACCCCUGGCUACAGCCAAGAACACUGUAGCGGUUGUAGCCUGAGGCGGUUGCGAUACAGCCUGGACAGCAGCGGCAGUGACACGUCAGAACAUGGCUCAGACACGUCAGAAUCAGCACCGAACAUGCUCUCCUCCAUUCCUACAGCCCUGCCUGAUCCCAUCGGGUCCAACCUGCAGCAGCAGAAGCAGCUGCAGAAUAGACAGCAGCUGCUGCAGGUGCAGAAACAGCAAGAGAUACUUUUGAGGCAUCUAAAAGAUUCUUCAGCACCGUCUGCUUCUAUUGGGUCCAACCUAGAGAAGAUACAGCAGCUACUGCAGCUGCACGGGGCGAGGAAAAUGCAGGAGAUACAUGAGGUGAGGACGAGUGAGAAGCAGGCGGAGCAUUCCGAGGACUCGGAGGAUUCCGAUGAUUCCGAGGCUCAGGCUCAGGCACAGGCACAGGCACAGGCACAGGCACAGGCACAGGCUCAGGCUCAGGCACAGGCUCAGGAGCUGCCUGAGCCAGGUCAGGAAGCGAGGGCCCCGCCGCCGCACGUGCCAACGUUUGACGCGCCGAUGGCGACCGCGCUGAGGAUGCAGGCAGUGAAGAGGAGUGAGCAGGUGGACGCCCGAUCCGAGUCAGCUCACAGCAUGUCCUUGAGGGUGCAGCCUUCUGAGGCGUCCCAAGUCUUGUUGCAGGAGCGGAUCCGCACAGUGGGUGCGCGUUGCAUGGCAACAGCAACUCGAAACAUGUCUGUGAGGCAGAACAUGUCUGCUAGAGUGCAGAAUCUGCUGUUGAGGCUGCAUGAGCUGAGGAACGCGCCCCACCUUUUGGACCGGAUGCGCAAUCGGGGUUGUGAUUCGGAUGAGCUGGGAAGCUGGGAUGGAGGGGCCAGGUUGACAGGCGAUGGGGGGUCUAAAGGGAUGCGCUUUCCUGAUGAUGUUAGAGGGGGGUGUAUGGAUGGGGAGGGGUGUAUGGAUGGGGAGGGGUGUAUGGAUGGGGAGGGGUGUAUGGAUGGGGAGGGGUGUAUGGAAGGGGAGGGGUAUAUCGACGGGGAGCAAUUUAGCUGGCAAGAAGAGUGGACAGAUGGGGAGGGGUAUUCAGAAGAGAAGGGGUAUUCAGAAGAGGAGGGGUAUUCAGAAGAGGAGGGGUAUUCAAAAGAGGAGGGGUAUUCAGAAGAGGAGGGGUAUUCAAAAGAGGAGGGGUAUUCAAAAGAGGAGGGGUAUUCAGAAGAGGAGGGGUAUUCAGAAGAGGAGGGGCAUUCAGAGGCAGAGAGGUGGACAGGAAAGGAAGUGUACGCAGAAGUCCAGGAGUAUGCAGAAGGAGAGGCGCCUGAGGGAGCAGAAGAGACUUAUACAGAAGAGGAGCGGUAUGUUACUAAUGAAGCUUGUGAAGAGGGUGCGUUCGGAGGGGAUCAGACGGCAAGGGCUGCCCCUGGUUGCUACAGCCGUUCUGGAGAGAGGGAACGCCAGUCUGCCAUGUCAGCGGUCGUUCUGGAGCGAGUGAACGCUCUUCCGAGACAUGGUAAUGGUCCCGGCGUUGAGGGGGGCAGGAGAGCGAACGCGUGGCGCAGGGAGGACGGGGAGAGCCGUGCUAGCCGCCAUGCCACUGACUGCACGGGCGAGGGUGGCAGUGCCUGCUGCGACAUGGGUUGCUGCCGUGUCAAGGGCCCGCAUGGCAUGGACUAUACGUUGGCACGUUCCGACAGGGGUCGGCGUGGCAUGGGCCCUGAGGAUAUGUGCAGCUACACCAAGUGCCACGUCAGCAGAGGGUGCUUUGUCAGUAGCAGGCGCCAAGUCAGCUGCAGGCGCCACGUCAGGGAUAGCAAGGAUUUCCUUUCUCCAUCCUCCCACCGCCCAACAGAGCUCCUGCUGGCCCAUCAACCAAACCGUCAUUUUGAUCACCCUUCCUUCGACUGUGACGGUAACAGUGAUUGUUACUCUAACAGCUACUGUGACUGUGGUGGUGCCUUUGGCUCCCACCCUGGCUGUGACUGUAACCGGUACUCCCGCUAUGAUGACUGUGAUUCCAGCUGUGGCUGCUGUGACUGUAGCAGAGGCUACAACUGUGACUGUCACCGUAGCUGUGGCAGGGCUGGUGGCUCUAGCAAGAGCUACUCAGCUUCAGAGGAUGAUGGUAGGGGCAAGCAGAUGGGCUUCGUGCAAGGUUGGCGGCAGGUGAGAGGGGUUGGGGAAGGCGUGAGAAGGGAGCAGAUGAGAGGGGUGGAUGUGAGAGGGGAGGAGGGGGGAUGCAAGGGGGGUUCCAGGUGCGAUGCCAGCAGGGGAAACAGCUCCCCAAGCUACGGGGCGGAGCUUCGGCGCUGGAGCUGCCCUGGCAGGAACAGCAGGGGGGCAUUGGUAAUGUGUGGUGCAGGGGCCGGCGGGGAUAGCAACAGCAGCGGUGUCAGCAGCUAUGGCAGGGACGUGGAGAGAGUAGCUCGGGGUACCAGGCGCCUGGAUUGGAGCUGCUGCCGUGUCUGGGGGGAGAGCAGCGGCGGUGCGUGCUGGUCCGAUAGGGGCAAGAACGGCUGUGGCAGGGAGGAGAGCAGCGGCGGUGCGUGCUGGUCCGAUAGGGGCAAGAGCUGCCGUGGGGAGAUGAGGGAGGAGGACCGAUUCAUGGCUGACAGCCGCAUGCAGGGAUGGGAGGUGAGCCAUGCACGCAUGCUUGCGGCUCACCCGUCUGAAGAGCAUGCAGAGCAUGGCAGCAGGGCGUGGAGUGCUGGAGGGCAGUCUCGCUUUAAGGAGAUAGCGGAGCAUUCACUGCUAGGUGGGGCCGACUACAAAAACGAAGCCAAGGAGCUCAAUAGCGAGGACGAGGAGUCGGACUACGCGGUGGUGCGCCAAGUGGCGAUGUACGAGUGGCUGCGGGCGUCCUCAAAGAAAGCAGCAGCUCUGGAAGCAGCAUGGGUACCAGCCCCUCCUAACACUUCUUUCUCCCACCAACCCAGCAGCAACUGCCUGUCUGACAGCCAGGUUGGCACGUGGAUGCGGCAAAACGACCAUAAUGGUUCAGUGGGUGGAGGCGGCAGGUGUUCUGGUGGGUGGCUGACAGGCGGCAGCAGGAGCUUCCCCAUGAGCAAGUCCACGUCCAGAGGUCCUCGGGGAAAUGCUUCCAAGGGUCAUGGGCCGUCCUUUGAGGCUCCACGAAGCAGGGGUUUCAGGGGUGUGAGGGGCCACAGGCCACCUCCUGGGUUCACCAGGUUCAUGCGUGAAGCAGAAGCUGUGCAGGGAGGGGGUGCUCCAGGUGCUCCAGGUGCUGCAGGUGCUGCAGCAGCAGCACUGGCAGCACCAUUUUCAGCAGCAGCAGCGGUGGUGGCGGCGGAGGUGAUGGCAACAAAAACAACUGCCUGGCCGUUGCAGGAGAGAAAUGUAGUGGUGCCACAGGCAUCGUCGUUGCCGUGUCCCCCAAUAAGAGGUUCAGGUGUGGAUGUGGCUGGGCCGCGAGGCUGCUUGGUCCAUGAGUGGUACGGAGCGGUGAAGAGCAGCGAUGAGAGUGAGCAGUCUUCGGAAGUGGAGCAUCCAUAUUGCCUUGACUCGAGGAGGAAUAACCUGCUAUCUUCCCCAAUAAACUCGCUCUUUGUCGGCUCACAUACACACACUCGAACACGACGUGGGCUAUAUCGAAGGCGCGAGUGCUCCAAUCUUCGAUAGUGUAGAGUUACUAGAGGUAGCUAUGGCAUGAGAGGAGUAGUUGGCAUGCUUAAUGUGUCUUGUUCAUUCAU